CCCACAUGUCAGCGCGCACGACGGCAUCAGAAGUUCAGAACCCCGGCACAUUGGAUCGAGCAGCCGGAUUCGGGAUCGGAGAAGCAGCCGCAGCGGAAGCGCCAGGAAGGACACGGCGGCCGGAGAAGUAGCGCGCGUCGCCUCGUCAUGGGGAUCGGCUACGUCGUCGGCGUUCUCGGCGGCGCCCUCCUCGCCCACGCCGCCUACGCCACCAUCCAAUAUCGUGCGGUGCUGAAGAUAACGGAAGAGGAGUUCUCGCGGCCUCCAGUGGAUGUGAUGAUGCAGUUGCUCCUGGGAUUGGCCUUAUGCAUGUGGGCAGGUGUCUCUGUUCCAGCAAAGUUUGUUUCGGUGCUCCCACAUUCCGAAGAGAAUAGGAUCGUAUCGCUCCCAGCAAACAUGGAUUUCAUGAUCUUCAACCACCGCGGAAGGGCACUGCCAUCAGACGCCGACUUGAAGCUGAAGAUAUGAACAACUAUUCACCGAUUUUGAAGAUAUGAGCGAAAAUUCACCGAUCCAUCCAUACUUUUUGUGUCACCCAUGCUAAAGCAGGGGAAACCUUACCAGACCACAACUUAUCUACUUUUUAACUCUAGAAUUUGUAACACCAUUCCAUAUGUUAUAUGAAGGUUAGCUCUGAGCUUCUGUCCCAGCCUGAUGUAAUGCAAGUUUUAUGUGAAUUGUAUCAAUUCAUCAUUAAUGCAUGCAUGCACAUUAUCAGUCUCCAUUUUA